AUGAAUCCUUUAAGGCAGUGGUACAGGAGAACUGAAAAGCAGAUUUCUAUGGCUACUUUUGGUGAUAUUUUUCAGAAGAUAGCUAGCUUGGAAGAGGUAGUUAGAGUUCAUGAAGCUCAGUUUGAAAUUAAUCCUACAGUACAAAAUAGAGAAAGAUUGCAGAAAGUGCAGGCAGAAUUAGUCAAAAAUCUUGCAUUGGAGGAAAAGUUUUGGAAGCAGAAAGCUGGAAUGCAAUGGUUCAAUGAUGGAGAUAGAAAUACGAAAUUAUUUCAUGCACAUGUGAAUGGUAGGAGAAAGAGGCUACAGCUUAAGAGAAUCCAAAACACAACCGGUGUUUGGAUAGAAGAUAAGGAAGAAAUGGCUAAUGAGGCAGUACAAAAUUUUCAAAAACAGUUUCAUGAAGAAGUGGUUCCUACUACAUUUGAUAUCAUUGAACAUGUACCACACAUGGUGGAUAUGGAACAUAAUCAAGAACUGCUGAGACAACCUACUACAGAAGAGGAUAUAGUUGAAGAGGAUGUGGUGGAGAUGGUGAAGGCCUUUUUCAAUGGACAAGAUCUUCCUAGGUUUAUCACUCAUACAAACCUAGUAUUACUACCUAAGAAGAAAGAGGGCAGAAGUAUUAUAGAAAAUGUUCUAUUGACACAAGAGAUAAUCACUGAUAUAAGGUUAAGGACUAAGGCAGGACCAAAUGUAGUAAUUAAGCUGGAUAUGAUGAAGGCCUAUGACAAACUUUCAUGGCUGUUUCUGACCAAAAUUCUGAGGAAAAUGGGCUUUUCUGAAAGAUUCAUUGGUUGGGUGUAUGGUUUGGUCUCUAAUAAUUGGUAUUCUGUCUUGAUAAAUGGCCAACCACAUGGUUUUUUCAAGUCCACUAGAGGAGUGAAACAGAGAGAUCCCUUAUCUCCUACUUUGUUUAUACUGACAGCAGAAGCAUUAUCAAGAGGAUUGAAUGUCUUGCAUAAUAAUCUAUAUUUCUGUGGCUUUGGCCUGCCUAAGUGGAGUCCUAAGAUUAAUCACUUGGCAUACGCAGAUGACACCGUUAUCUUUUCUUCUUCAGAUGAAACUUCCUUGCAACUGAUAACGCAAGUUUUGUCAGCUUAUGAAGCAGCUUCAGGUCUGUUGAUUAACAAAGCAAAAUCUGCAGUCUAUAUGCAUCAUCUUACCAAUGAAACAUUGUUUAGCAAGGUUGAACGAGUGUCUGGGAUCAGGAGGCAGGAGUUCCCAUUUACAUAUUUGGGAUGCCCUAUUUUCUAUUCUAUGAGGAAGAUGGAAUAUUAUAAUGGUCUCAUAAACAAGGUUGUGUUGAUUUCUCAUGUUAUUCAGAGUAUAGCUAUUCACUUACUGUCAGCAGUUAAUGCACCAGCCUUUGUUAUCAAUAAAUUGCACAAACUCAUGGCAAGAUUUUUCUGGAGUAGUUCAAUUGAAGGAGGUAGCAGAACCAAACCAUCAUUGUGGAGUUCAUUUAUGAGCCAAAAAUACUGUAAGAAACUAAAUGCCAUUGUUGUUCCAUGGAGAAGAAAUGGCUCUCAUAUUUGGAGGAAAAUGUUAGAAUGCAGAGAUAGUAUUGAGCAUCAAAUUCUGUGGCAGCCUAAAAUGGGAUCUGCAUUAUUUUGGUUUGAGAAUUGGACUGGUUUGGGGGAUCUUUAUUUCAUAACACCACCAGACUUCUUCUGUGAUGAGUCAGUUCAAAAUGUAAAUGAAGUACUGAAUGGGAGGAACUGGAAUGAGCAGAAACUAAGGGAACUAUUACCUGAGGAUCUAGCCAAUCAUAUAUUGCAGAACAUCAAACCACCAGGUGAAAAUAUGGUACUGGACAAGCCUUUUUGGAUGUUGGAAACAAGGGGUGAGUUUACUAUGAGGAAGGUGUGGAUAUAUUUCUUAUCAGCUGUAGGUAUUAAUAUUGAUGUACUCACAUUUCAUCAACCUGUGCUGAAGUGUUGGACUACCCAGGUGAUCCCAAGGAUACAACCAGUACUACAGGCAUUGCCGUCGAUAAUAGUUUGGAAAUUAUGGAAGAGAAGAAAUUCAUACAAAUAUGGAGAUGCAAUCUCAGGUAAUAGAGUUAUAUACCAGGUAUCAACCACACUUCAAUACCUAGUCAAAUUCAGAAAACCAAGCUUGAAAAAUGUACCACAUAAAUGGCCUGAUUUGAUGCAAUUACUAGAACAAUACACACCCAAGUUGAAAUAUACUAAGGUGUUAUGGGAGUUACCUGAGCAAGGAUGGAUAAAGGUCAAUACUGAUGGAGCAUCUAGGGGUAAUCUAGGUAAGAGUUCCAUAGGCUAUGUGUUGAGGAAUGAAGAGGGGAAUGUAGUUUAUACAUGUGGUAAAGAAAUAGAGGAUGGUACAAAUACAGAAGCUGAGGUGAAAGCUAUUCUUGAAGCCUUAAGGUACUGUGUUGAGCAUGAUUACAUUCUUAUUAACUUGCACACUGAUUCAAUGCUAGUCAAGAAUGUACUAACAGGGGAAUGGAAUGUACCAUGGUCUGUUGUAGUAUAUGUGGAGGAAAUAAGGGAGCUGAUGGAAAGAUGCAACUUGAGGAUAUCUCAUACAGUGAGGGAAGGAAACCAGCUAGCAAAUCAUAUAGCCAAUUAUGUUUUGGAUAUUGGCCCAAUAGAGUGUACUGGAUUUGGAGAUCUGGAUGUCAAAGGGAGGAAAAUUGUGAAUAACGAUAAAUUACAAUGCCCAUACAUUAGAUUAAAGGUCGCAAGAACCUAG